ACUAAGAAGCUGUCACGUGUUAUUUUAAUGUAGGAAAUCAAAAACAAGGCAAGGCAAUGAGGGCAGCAAGGAACUAAGCUUAUAGCUGCUUCAAACAACCUAUAAAGCCUACUCUGAAGUGUUGGAUCUAUCAAUAAAGCUCCACUGAUUUUGUAGAGGAAGCUCUUUGGAGGUGCAAAGGGUCAAACCCUGCUCAAUAUUGUCCUGGAAUGUCUGAUCUCUCCUCCACCGUUAGCCCCCGGGGCCAUGGCCCUCCAGCCCCACCCCCUCGUCAUCCCGGCCUGUCGCUAAGCAGCUGCCCACCCCUCCCCCCUCGAGUGGCCCCUCGUAGAGCCUCGGACGUCCCCACUCCACCACGACUGUCCUCCAACAGACCAGUGAUAAGUCGAGCUCUGACAGUGGACGAUGAGAUUGGCUAUGGUCAUCACAAUAGGAACUCUCCGAUGACUCCACCACACCCCUCUAUGGGAGGAUCUGCCCCGCCCACUCCCAGUCGCCCCAUGGCCACUCCUCGCAAGACGAGUAUCGGCACACCCUUCGCUAGAGGGUCAUUGUCUGGCCCAGUAGUGCAUCCGGAACAGGAUAUGUACGUGACUACGGAUCAGUUUGCCCCCAACUCGUACCACCCCACCCCCUCCCCCUCUGUGGGGGGUGUGCAGGCCGCACCCAUGCAGACACAGGACUGGUACUGGCCAGACAUCUCUAAAGAGGAGGUGACGGAGAUCAUGAAGGACAUGCCUGACGGAGCCUUCCUGGUACGAGACGCUGCACGGGUACCUGGCUACUACACUCUCACACUACGCAAGAGCGGCGUGAAUAGACUCAUCAGAAUCAUGCACCGUGACGGUCACUAUGGUUUCGCCGAGCCCCUAGAGUUCCCGUCAGUCAUGGCACUCAUAGACUACUAUCGCACGCACACGCUCGCCCCGUAUAGUCCAAAGUUGGAUAUUACUCUGGGGAUUGCUGUGUCUAAGGACGUGUGGUUACAGGCGAAGAUGCCAGACGUGGGGGAGAACGGUGGGAGAGAGUCUGAGGUGACGGUUGAGAGGAUGAUGGAGACAUUGCGUAACCUGGAGAUAGAGUUGAAGGAGAUGAGUACAAAGUACAACUCACUCAAGCAGCAGUUCGAGGCGACCAAUGAGGAGAUCCGCAACAUGCGUAUCGACAUUGCUGCUCAGAAAGAGAUCAUCACGAUCAUGGAGGAUGGGCUACAGGAGCAUGAGAGACACCACGCACAGUGCAGCCAGACACAGAAAGCAUCGUUAUUAGCGAAUUUUGACCUCCUCCGCCGACGUUACCGUAUCCAGAGAGACAGUCACGAUGAUCUCAACCAGAGGCUACGCCGCUCGGAGCUCACCAAGAACUAUCUGGACAUGGAGCUCAACAACCUCAAGCCUAGCCUCAAGAGAUCACAGGCCGAAAAGGGCACGAUACUCAGGUUUCUCCAGCAGCGUGGUUGGCGUAACGAUGAGAUCAAUGCUCGUAUUGAGCGUAUUGAGGCUGACUCUAGUGGAGUGGAGGAGGACGAGGGACUCUACGCCACCUACGCCAUGCUGCACACCUAUCGCAAUGAGUCCGACUACCAGCGGAUAUCCCAGGAGCUGAGAGAGCGUGGUGGGAAGAGACCACCCCCUCUGAGAGAGGACGACCCUCGGAGAGUGGGAGGGGCCAGACCAGAGACCACCAUCACUACCCCACCGCGUGCCCUCCCCCCUGGUCCGAGUGAGAAGCCCCCUGCCAUGAGACCGAGGGUGGCCACAGUUGCACAGUUACCACCACCCAGGGUCGUCGACUACCCUCACUUCAAUUCUCAACAGCUGAUCAGCUACAAGGAUCUGAAGGUGUCACGUGACCUGCCGCACUUUUUAGAGUCAGCCUGGAUGAACCCAAGCAUCUCGAGAGAUGGUUCUCGAGACAUGCUCACUGGUAAAUCCAACGGGACCUUCCUGGUUCGACCUAAGGGUAAUGUGGAGGAGUCCUCAACCAUGCCUUGUCACACACACACCAUCGACAUUGUAGAUGGAGGCAGGUUCAAGAGGAUCCCUGUGUACAGAGACCCUGCUGGGGGGUACGGAUUUGCAUCACCAUUCGAAUUUGACUCUCUGCUCAGUUUAGUUCUGUACUAUGCCACCAACACGAUGGAGAAACACAACCCUGAACUGGAGACAAUGCUUAAAUACCCUGCAUUCCAUGUGGACAGGGGCCGUUAGUAACUGAACUAGCAGCUGUACAGUAUUGUAUGUGUAUAGUGUAGGAUUCUUUUUCUGUGGGUGCAUGUACACUUUUUUGAUGUGUGGAAAUU